GCUGAGAAGUUCGGUAACCAGGAGCUCUCAUACGCCCCUUUCUCUUUUGAAUUCUGCCCCUGGUGUGCGUAGUGACAGCGCUAAAGUGGCUGAUGAGUUUCCGUUUUGGUGGUGGGGCUAGGCUAAACCUUAUCCGUUCCAAAAAGGUGCUCCGUUGCUUACGGAGGCACUAGUGUUGGGUGAUACCUUUGCGGUCCGCAAGGAAAUACCUGUCUCCUUGGGAGGACUCAGAUCGUCUGAUGGGUUCCCAGAAGCCGUUUGAGGAUGUCGUGCUGGAGUGCAUUCAGCGCCAGUUGGCUGAGCUGGAGGCUCUUCAAUCCAUGUACCCAGGGGAUGGCGAGUUCGUGAUGGCCAAACCGGAUGCGGAAGCAGUCUCGAUCCUAAAGGAGCUGGCGGAAUCUGCGUCCAACAACAACCGUCUGAUCGCGAGCGUUCCUGAUGCCAGCCUUCCUGAGAUUUCUUUCACAAUCAAUCUGCUGGACACCUGCCUCGGGGGCCAGCCUCUUAGCAUCCAUUUCCAACUCCCCCGCCAAUACCCUCAGCUUGCGGCCCCUUCUAUCAGAGUCGAUUGUUCUGGCCUCGUGACAAGAGGGCAGCAUCAAGAGAUAAGCAGCGCACUCCAACAGCUUGCGGGGGAGCUCGUAGGCCAGGAGUCAAUCCUUGACCUCCUGCAGAAGGCGCAGGAGAUUGUGGCUGACCUGAAGGAAGACGUUGCUCAAGAGAGUGCGAGCAGCUCUGAACCAACUCUCGAGGGGCCUAGAGACGCGGUCAUCCUUAGACGAGCACUGUGGUUCCACCAUCUGAAGGCGUUGAGCAAACGGAAAGCCAUUUGUGAGUGGAGCAAGGAGCUGCGGCUGGGUGGCUACUGCAAGCCUGGGUUUCCAGGUGUCCUCAUAUUCGAGGGGCAAGAAGAGGACGUUCACGAGUAUCAGCAACGGCUUCAACAUCUCCGGUGGCAGGCCCUUCAACAACGGGGGCAGGAAUCGGAACAGGGAAAAGACAUCGAAUGCAUUCGACGCUUCCCAAUUGGCAUCAAGGAGCUCCCAGAAGGAGGAAUGUCCGAACUAGCGUCGUACUGUAGAUCAGCAAAUCUGGAGUCCCUCUUUUUGACCGCAUUGAAAAUCGAAAGGUAGCAGCUUGAUAUCGGACUUUCGGUAUGCUCUCUUGAUGUGUGGCCGAAAGCCUGAAGUUCACAACCACCCGCCGUUUAACAUGUUGGCUCGUACACAGUUCAUCGUAAUCUAGAAGCUCAGUCUUGGAAGGGCCGGCUAUUAAGUUGAAAAUGGCACUCGCCAGGUUGCAACUUUCUAUAUGGGGAUUCAUUAGCUGAGCUGCCAGGCACCAUUAAGCACAUCUGCAACAUGCAUCAUCAUUGUUCAAUGAUUGAGAUAUUCGAUGU